GAAAAAAAAAGUUUCCCUAAACUUUGCCUAAAUCUAAUUCUGUUCUGCCGACGAAGAAGGUGAAGAUCUAAAUCGAGAUUUCGAGAGGUGUGAGUAAAUCUCCAGCGAGGUUUUUGGCGACAAAGACUCUAUCUUUCUCCUCGACGGCCAUUGAUUCUGGAAUCUUUCAAAAUUAUUGGUUCUGGUCGACAGAUAGAAGUUCUGGCAUUAUAAAUUUCUGGUCAAUGAAUUCCCGGUGAGCUGUUUACAGAGAUGGCUACAUCUAGCCAGUCGAAGGAUAAUCCAAUAAGAAUGUAUCCACCAGAAAAGUCUCCCUUGCAGAACCUUAGUUUAAACUACGGCUGCCACUUAACCGAUUUCUCAAAACUGAGGCAGGGAUUAGGCAACGAGGUCUUCAAUAAUGUAAUGAACACAUCUGUAGUAGGACUACUUCUGAAUCUUGCAGGGAGAGGGUACACUCGGAGUGCCCACCUGGUUCAUCAGUUCUUAACGAACGAACUGCUAUUGACAAAAGACUUAACCGAGCCAGAACUACAAGAUGUGGAAGUACCAAUUUUUCAUGAAGGCCCCAUAACAAGACAAAGAGCUAAGAUUCUCCAACACAAGUAUAACCAGAGCAUGAUGCAAGCAAUGUCACAAGUGGAUCAAGUGAAGCCGCAAGAAGACCAAGAAGUGGAUCCGCUUAAAGCCCAAGCUUGGACUGGAUUACUUAAAGAAUGCCAAGAGCUAGCAAACGGCCCAGAUUCAAAGAAUCAAGAUGUCUGGCCCCUUUUGCCAAAUCAAGCCCAAAUCUUCGUGAUGACCAUCUCGACAAUGCACCAAGACACUUAGAAGGGAAGAUUCAAACUCGGUCAAAGCCACACAUGUCUUGGCCACCAAAUAAGGUAAGUGAUCAAUCAAGUUUAAAUCCUUUGACUAACGAGUUUAAUUGUCUUUGGUCUUAUACAGAGACAAUUUAGUUUAGUAGUCUUUUAUUUCCUUUUUUAAGUCCUUUAAUGUAGCAUUUUAAUUUACAAGUUCUGUUGUUUUGAGUCUUUACUUUUAAAAGUCCUGUUGUUUUGAGUCUUUUUAGUUCUUUGAGUCUAAGCUGCUAGGACCAUUAUAUAGUGACCCAUUACAGUCUUGUAAUUUUUCACCUUUCAUAUCAAUAAAAA